UUAUCCAUGGCAGAACCGAUUGAGAAUUUAAGCCUCUUGCCCACAAGUUCCGAGGCUGCCAAUCGCGAUGCGGAAAAUGGAGAUUCAAAGUCCAACACCGGCACGUCUGAUAAGCUCCAGCUGGAUGAAGCCUGCAAAGUACCCAUGGGGAAAGUCAUUGUGAGUCUAAACCGCAGGUAUGAAGAUCUAAAGGCAGCGGCCCACAAGGCUCCUAAAUUGUCUUCCCCUGCUACGGGAGCUGGGGAUCCAAUGCCCAAGGACGAGACAUCUGAUCUCGAUAAAGCCUGCAACGAGCUCAAAUAUUUGAUUGACGAAUUCAAGAAAUUGCAAGUGUACGAAACCAAUCUUUCUGAUCCCCUAGUAACCAUUGAAAAAAACGUUGAUGACAUCCUUGGCGACCUCAACGCAAACCCAGACAACGUGGAGUGGGAAACGACCAAAGACAAUCUCAAAGUGCUGAGAAGCAACAUGACCAAAGUCAAAGCCCAACUCCCGUUGCUACAUCAAACUUCUUCCUCCACCGAAGCGCGCCGUUUGUUAGCCACGACUUCCAGAGAAGAAGCGAGCAAGCUGCCCAGUCCGUACCAAGCGGAUGGGAUAUUCGAGAAAGGGUCUUUCUUCAAAGAGUUUCAACACCGUUACGAAACUCUAGGUAUAAGGGAGAAAUUGUGUUUGCUGUGUUUCGCGAUUUUUCCGGAGAAUGCGGAGGUUUCCGAGAGGCUUCUACGGUUUUGGUGGGAAGGGGAAAGGCUAAGGCUGACAUCGGAUUCUGAUACGAAAACGGUGAAUGAAAUUCUUGACGAAUUUGUGGAGCCUGGAUUCAUCCAGCCUGUUUAUAAGAGAAGCGGGUCCAAGGGUAGCUGCUAUAAGAUGCACCCCAUUGUUCGUUGUCUCAUCGUUAGGCUUGCUAAGCAGGCCAACUUCUUUUAUUACGACUCUAAGGGAUACCCCAACAUGGAGUUUUUCAAAAGCAAAAAGAUAUGCUUGGUGAAAUCUGAAGGACCUUCUUGGUGGUCCAAGGAUGUUCUUGCAUUUAAAAAGGCACGUGAACAGGCACAGCAAGGGAACGAUAAGAAGCAGGCAGAGGCAGGUACAAUGACGGAAGAGAAAAAGAAGCAGGAUCAGGAAUUAGAGGAGCAAGAACGACAAGAAGUGUUCUUCACCAAGAAUGCUCGUGCAUUUACAAAGGCAUGUAAACAGGCACAGCAAUGGAAGGCUAAGAAGCAGGCAGAGGCAGAUACCCUGACGAAAGAGAAAAAGAAGCAGAAUCAGAAAUUAGAGGAGCAAGAACGAAAAGAAAUGGAGAAGACGAGAGGAAAGCUGGAGACUAAGAGAAUAAUUUAUCUGGAAAAUCUGCAAACGUUGUUCAAUGUGAGCAAGCAAUUUCCCGAACUGCCGGAGGAGCUAUUUUCUAAGAUGAAAAACAUAAAGGUCCUUUAUUUAGGAAGGUGGGAGCGCACAGCUGAGCGGCAUAUGGAGGUGGAAGACGUGGAUUUUUUAAAAGGGUUGAAGAAUAUGAACAAGCUAAGGUUUUUUAGCCUUCAUGGGAUCUCCGGGAUCAAGAAGCUCCCUGAUUCUAUUGGCAUGCUCCAGAACUUGAGGAUCUUAGAUCUAAAAGCUUGUCACACCCUGGAGGAGCUUCCCAAGGAGGUUGGUUUACUCAAGAUGCUCUCUUACUUGGAUUUAUCUGAGUGCUAUUUGUUGGACUGGAUCCCCACAGAUCUCUCAAAGCUCUCAAAACUCAAAGUCCUCAAGGGUUUCGUAAUUAGCUCCAAUAGCCCAUGCACUCUCACCCACUUGACAACGUUGUCUGAACUGGAGAAACUCAGCAUUAGCAUCCACAAUGACAAAUUCUCAAUAAAAGAAAAGGAAUCAAUAAAGUAUUUCUCUGAGUUUGAGUCGCUUACCAAAUUGAAAAUAGCGUGGGGAGCUGGUGGAACAAAGAAGUCCCUCGACAAAGCAAUACACCCGGAAGACAAGAACAAAACAAGUGAAGCGUCAAAAUUAGGGCCCACAGCAAAGAUACUUGAGAAAUAUUUGAAAUUACCAUUUUUGGGGUCUUCAAAGUCAGUACCUAAAAAAGGCAAUGUGGCUGUGGCCGCUACGACAGCUAAAGCAGGCCAGGACAAGAAUGGGGAUAAUGCCAAGAAGCAGAAAAGUGGUGCGGUAGUGCAAUCCAAUGUACACGCAAACAACAAAGACCAAGGUGGUCGGUCCCCAAAACCAGUUUUGCAAAGUGUGUUGAAGCUAGAGAAACUGGAUAUCCGCUGUUACCCAGACAAAGAACCACCAAAGUGGUUGGUCCCCAAGACUCUGACUCGCCUAAAGCGUCUCUACUUUAGAGGUGGAGAAGUGAGUCAUAUUCCUGUGGCUAACAGAGACGAGAAGUGGAACGUGGAGAUUUUACGUUUGAAAUACUUGAUUAAUAUAAAGAUGGACUGGAAACAAGUUCAAAAGCAAUUCCCUGAACUGAAGUUAUUGGAGAAAGUGAAUUGCCCUCAAAUCACGUUCUGCCCUUGCGAUGCAAGUGGUGUGUGGGAGGUGAAGCAAGCUGGGACAAAAAUACGCAUGGAUGCCCAACCUUCGUAGUUCAUGCAUACACUUGCACUUAUCAAUGUCAUUAUUUUUAUGUGUUUAUAUGUUGUGAGGAAAUGUGAUUGGUUUGUAUAUUUAUAUAAUAUCAAAUGUGUUGUCUUACACAAACUACGUAUGUAUUUCUAACACUUUUAUGGUAUACAUGUGGAUAUUUUUCAUUUAUUUUCUAUAACUUCCAAA